UGGAGCUAGCAGCAAAAUUCUUUCAAUUUUUUUUUAAAAGAAACAAAAAUGGAGUUUUGAAACACUUGAAGAUUUUAUCUUUUAGUUUCAAUGGAGUGUUUUACCUCAACCCCAUGUUCCUUUUCUUCUUAUUUUACCUCACUAAGCUGGUUUUCACCUUUUUUUGGACUGAAAAAAAGUAACAGUAAAAUUAGUUUGAAUAGAAAAUGUAGAAGUAAGUGCAUGAUGAGUACUAUGAGCCAUACAGUAAAUGAAAGUUCUGUUUUUUCUUACAAGAAGUUGAUUCAUUUUGCUUUAGAAAAAACUAAUCCACAUACCAAUUUGGUCUCUUCUCCAAUACAGGAGAAAUACAGUUCUUUGUUGGCCAUGGAUGAAAAAACGGAGCUACAAAUGCUUUCUUUUGAAGCCCCUAAAAUUCGACUCCUUCGCAGUCUAUGUAUUGAAGGGAACGACGGCAUGCAGGUAUUGGAUUUUGCUGCAUUCCCAAAACCGGAAUUUGAUCUGCCUAUCUUCUGUGCCAACUUUUUCACUGCUGCUAAGAUGAACAUAAUUGUACUGGACCUCAACCCAUUGCAUGACAUCAUGGAUCAAGAAGAUUACAAGGAGAAGUACUAUAAAGACUUGAUUCCUCUAGGCCUCAAGUAUUCCGAGCUUUUACCCUGGGGAGGGAAGCUCACCAGCGAGUCUCUGCGAUUUUUUUCACCAAUAGUCAUAUGGACAAGAUUCUCGUCUAGUCCAGACAGCCAUUUGGUUUUGUUUUCUGCAUUCAAGGAUUAUUACCAGGCAUGGCUUGGGCUGAUGGACAGAUCAGAAGAGGAGACGGAUACGUCUCAAUUCGCUCGCAAUUGCGAAGCUCAGCAUAGAUACUUGACAUGGAGAGCUGAAAAAGAUCCAGGACACGGAGUUUUGAAAAGACUGGUAGGGGAAGAUCUUGCCAAGGAUGUGAUUAGGGAAUUCUUAUUCAAUGGUGUUAACGAGCUUGGGAGCAAAACAUUUCUUGAUUACUUUCCAGAAUAUAGAUGUGAAGAUGGUAAAGUAAAUGAAAAGCGCAGUAUGAUUGGGAAAUCAUUCGAAAAUCGACCAUGGGAUGCAAGAGGAGAAUUCAUAGGUGACCGCGUUAAGAUAGUCUGAUGUAAUUUUGGCAAUUUGGUUUUAUUUUUCUUUACCUCGUCUCUCUCAGUUAGCCGAUCCCAACUUGUUUGGGAUUGAGUAACGGCAACAGAUAUUGUUGUCAUUGUUGUAAUAGUAGUAGUAGUAGUCUCCUCUGCCAAUGUCAAUCUUGACCAUCGGAUGCAAGAUGAGAUUCAUAAGUGAUAGGGUUGGAUCAUCUGUUCUAAUUUUCUUAAGUUCUCUUUAUUUUUAUUUAUUCAAUCUCUGUUAAUGUAAAUAGUGCAUCAUAUCCCCAAGCUACUGUCUUCAUUUCCCA